UGAAUCUGAGGUCUACAGAGAAGAAGAGACCCAGGCAAUAAUACAGUAGGAAGCACCCCACUGAGCUCUAUGACUUUUGCCUCCUGCUGACCCUCUAGUCCUUGGGAAGCUGACAUUUCCUGCCCAGAUUGAAAGAGUUCUUCAACUAGGAGUGCAGGGCUCCGGAUUGCCAUAAAAAUGGUGGGUGAAGCACCCUACCUUAUCUCAGGUCUUGACCGGAGAGGGCGUAGGAGAUCCUUUUCAGAAAGAUAUAUCCCAAGCCUGAAGACCAUGAUCCCAGUGAGACCUUAUGCAAGGUUUGCAAGCAACCCUGUGGACAGUGCAGGCCUGUUCUCCUUUGCCACAUUUUCCUGGCUCACACCAGUGAUGAUUAGAGGCUACAAGCACACAUUGACUGUGGACACACUGCCCCCGAUGUCCCCAUAUGACUCAUCCGACAGCAACACCAAGAGAUUUAAAAUCCUAUGGGAUGAAGAGGUACAAAAGAUGGGUCCUGAGAAAGCUUCUCUGGGCAAAGUGGUCUGGAAAUUCCAGAGGACACGAGUUCUGAUGGAUAUUAUAGUCAACAUCCUGUGCAUUGUUAUGGCAGCCAUUGGGCCGACAGUACUCAUCCACCAAAUUCUCCGGCAUACUGAGAGCACCUCCAGGAAUAUCUGGGUUGGCAUCGGCCUAUGUUUAUCCCUUUUUGCCACUGAAUUUACCAAAGUCCUCUUUUGGUCACUUGCUUGGGCCAUCAAUUACCGCACAGCGAUCCGGUUGAAGGUGGCCAUCUCCACCCUGGUGUUUGAAAAUCUGGUGUCUUUCAAGACUCUGUCACACAUCUCUGUUGGUGAGGUGCUCAAUAUACUAUCAAAUGAUAGCUAUUCCUUGUUUGAAGCUGCCUUGUUUUGUCCCUUGCCAGCCACAAUACCCAUCCUAAUGAUUGUUUGUGCCAUGUAUGCCCUUUUCAUUCUGGGGCCUACAGCGCUCAUCGGGAUAUUUGUAUAUAUCGUAUUCAUCCCUAUCCAGAUGUUUAUGGCUAAGCUCAAUUCAGCUUUCCGAAGAUCAGCAAUUUCAAUGACAGACAAGCGAGUUCAAAUAAUGAAUGAGUUUCUGACCUGCAUCAAAUUGAUUAAAAUGUAUGCCUGGGAGAAAUCUUUUACCAACACCAUUAGAGAAGUAAGGAAGAGGGAAAGGAAAUUAUUGGAAAAAGCUGGAUUUGUCCAAAGUGGAAAUUCAGCCCUUGCCCCCAUUGUUUCUACCAUAGCCAUUGUACUGACAUUCUCCUGCCACAUCCUGCUGAGACACAAGCUCACUGCCCCAGUGGCAUUUAGCGUGAUUGCCAUGUUUAAUGUAAUGAAGUUUUCAAUUGCAAUCUUACCUUUCUCAGUCAAAGCAAUGGCUGAAGCCAAUGUCUCUCUAAGGAGAAUGAAGAAAAUUCUCAUAAAUAAAAGCCCCCCAUCUUACAUCACCCAACCAGAAGACCCAGAUACUGUCUUGCUUUUAGCAAAUGCCACCUUGACAUGGGAGCAAGAAUCCACCAGGAGAGCCAGUCUUAAAAAUAUGCAGAAUCAAAAAAAGCAUUUAUUUAAGAAGCCGAGGUUGGAAGCAUACAGUGUGGAUCCAUCAGCCCCAGGAGUCACUGGUCCAGAGGAGCAAAUUGACAGCCCCAAAUCAAUUCUGCACAACAUUAGCUUUUCAGUGAGAAAGGGAAAAGUCUUGGGCAUCUGUGGGAAUGUUGGAAGUGGAAAGAGCUCCCUCAUUGCAGCUCUUCUAGGACAGAUGCAGUUACAGCAAGGGAUCGUGGCAGUUAGUGGCACUCUUGCCUAUGUUUCCCAGCAAGCGUGGAUCUUUCAUGGAAGUGUGAGAGAGAACAUAUUAUUUGGAGAAAAGUAUGAUCACCACAGGUAUCAGCAUACAGUUCGAGUUUGUGCCCUCCAGGAGGACCUAAACAGCCUCCCUUAUGGAGACCUGACUGAGAUCGGGGAGCGGGGCCUCAACCUCUCUGGGGGACAGAGGCAGCGGAUCAGCCUGGCCCGUGCUGUCUACUCCAACAAUGAGAUCUACCUGCUGGAUGACCCCCUGUCGGCUGUGGAUGCUCAAGUGGGGAAGCAUGUCUUUGAGGAGUGCAUUAAGAAGACGCUCAGGGGGAAGACGGUGGUCCUUGUGACCCACCAGCUGCAGUUCUUAGAGUCUUGUGAUGAAGUUAUCUUGCUAGAAGAUGGAGAGAUUUGUGAAAAAGGAACCCACAAAGUAUUGAUGAAAGAGAGGGGGCGCUACGCGAAACUGAUUCACAACCUUCGCGGGUUACAAUUCAAGGAUCCUGAGCACAUUUACGAUGCAGCAAUGGAAGUCCUUAAGGAGAACCCUGUCGAGGAAGAUGCUGCUUUGGCGCCUGGUGAUGGGAAAGCUGAAAGAAAAGAAUCCGAAUCAGACACAGAAUUUGUAGAUGUAAACGUUCCUCUGCAGCAGCUCACCCAGACUGAAUCCCCCCAGGAAGGAACUGUGACCUGGAGAACAUACCACACGUACAUUAAAGCUUCUGGAGGCUAUCUCCUUUCUCUUGUUACAGUCUUCUUUUUCCUCCUGAUGAUUGGCAGCUCUGCCUUCAGCAACUGGUGGAUGGGUCUCUGGUUAGACAAAGGUUCAAAGAUGACCUGUGGACCCCAGAAUAAUAACACAUGUGAAGUGGGUGCAGUGCUGGCAGACACUGGGGACCAUGUGUACCAGUGGGUGUAUGGGGGCACCAUGCUGUCUGUGACAGCAUUUGGCAUCAUCAAAGGCAUCACUUUCACCAAGACCACACUAAUGGCAUCAUCCUCAAUGCAUGACCGAGUGUUUGACAAGAUCUUAAAGAGCCCGAUGAGCUUCUUUGACACGACUCCCACUGGCAGGUUAAUGAACCGUUUUUCCAAGGAUAUGGAUGAGCUGGAUGUGAGGCUGCCAUUUCAUGCAGAAAACUUUCUGCAGCAGGUUUUUAUGGUGAUAUUUAUCCUCGUGAUCCUGGCAGCUGUAUUCCCUGCUGUCCUUUUGGUCCUGUCCGGCCUCAUCUUGGUCUUUGUCAUUCUUUUACGUGUUUUCCAUAAAGGAGUCCAGGAGCUCAAGAUGGUGGAAAAUGUCAGCAGGUCUCCCUGGUUCUCGCACAUCACUUCCUCCAUGCAGGGCCUGGGUGUUAUCCAUGCCUAUGACAGGGUGGAGGACUGCAUCAACAAGUUUAAGAUGCUAAAUGAUGAAAACUCUAGCCACCUCCUAUACUUCAACUGUGCCCUCAGGUGGUUUGCUGUAAGAAUGGAUGUCCUCAUGAAUAUUGUCACUUUUGUAGUAGCUUUAUUAGUGACACUGAGUUUCCCUUCAAUCAGUGCUUCAUCCAAAGGCUUGUCAUUAUCCUAUAUCAUCCAGCUGAGUGGGCUGCUCCAGGUGUGUGUGCGAACAGGAACGGAGACACAAGCCAAACUCAUCUCUGUGGAGCUUCUCAGGGAAUACAUUUCGACCUGUGUUCCUGAAAGUUCUCACUGUGUCAAAGUGGGGACCUGUCCCCAAGACUGGCCCAGCCGUGGGGAGAUAACAUUUCGAGACUAUCAGAUGAGAUACAGAGAUAACACACCCCUUGUUCUUAAUGGUCUGAACUUGAAUAUACAAAGUGGGCAGACAGUGGGGAUUGUUGGAAGAACAGGCUCUGGAAAAUCGUCGCUGGGAAUGGCCUUGUUUCGUCUUGUUGAGCCUGCUGGUGGUGCCAUCAUCAUUGACGAGGUGGAUAUCUGCACUGUGGGUUUGGAAGACCUCAGGACUAAGCUAACUGUGAUCCCCCAGGACCCUAUCCUGUUUGUAGGUACAGUAAGGUACAACCUGGAUCCCUUUGAGAAUCACACUGAUGAGAUGCUCUGGCAGGUCCUGGAGAGAACAUUCAUGAAAGACACAAUAAUGAAACUCCCAGAAAAAUUACAGGCAGAAGUGACAGAAAAUGGAGAAAACUUCUCAGUAGGGGAACGUCAGCUCCUUUGUAUGGCCCGAGCACUUCUCCGUAAUUCAAAAAUCAUUCUACUUGAUGAAGCCACUGCUUCCAUGGACUCCAAGACUGAUGUCCUUGUUCAGAGCACCAUCAAAGAUGCCUUCAAAGACUGCACCGUGUUGACUAUAGCCCACCGGCUCAACACAGUCCUCAACUGUGACCUCGUCCUGGUCAUGGAAAAUGGAAAGGUAGUGGAGUUUGAUAAACCUGAAGUCCUUGCUGAGAAUCCAGAUUCUGCUUUUGCAAUGCUUCUAGCAGCCGAAAACAAAGUCCGAUUAUAAAGACUACAUCAGCUACUUUUAGAGGAGAAAGAAGGAGAAAUAGCAGGAGAUGAGUAGGGUGAACAGGGGGAGGGGUUGUUAUCUCAGCAGGCUGCCCUGGCCCACCCACCCUCUGUAGGGUGUUUCUCUACUUGUCUUUGCCAUGUGUUCCUCUACCUGUCUCUGCCAUAUGUUCUCACAGGUAGACUAGGGUUGGUCCACAUGGUAAACUGAGGCAGAGGAAGCUAGUGGGUUAAAAGAUUGUCCUUUACCUUUGAAAAUCUCACUAGUCCUUUAUAUGUUCCCAUAGAUACCACCUUAGUGCUUGAGAAUGGAAACAUUAAAACUUUCUAUAAAAAACAAACAAGCAAAUAAAUACAAAAAAAUCCCCAAAACAAAAGAAUAGUCAAAGUAAAUGAAUGGAAAUAUUCCUGAGCAUGGAAUUUGCAGAAGUUUCUUGCCUUGUUAUCAUCAGGGUAAAGAAGAGAGUUUUUUCAUGUUUAACUCUUACUUCUGUUUUGAGUUUGUAGUAAGCAGUAACUAUACAGAUCUGUAGCAUGAGGUAUUAAUUGCAGUACAUAUCAAAAAUAAAUUUAAAAAAUCAUAUCCUAUAUUCCAUUUGAUCUAUUAGAAUAACUAGGAAAACAAAAUGUUAGAUAUUAGAGUUUCCCUACAAAUGACAUUUUUGUAAC